AUGAUCAGCCUGGAUAACGAAGAACUAUGUCUGGCCAUGCUACCAUCAUCAUGCCCCUACACUAUCUCAAAACUCGAUGCCGAUAAUGGGGUGGACUCAAAGACCUGGCUGAUCCGUGAACAUGAUCAAUAUGGCGAGUAUCCGCACAUAUAUGCUAAGAUCUGCCGAGCCACCAGGGAGUCUAUGCCCCAAACCAGAGGACUCUCUGGAGACACCAAGCUCAAAUCCGCCGACCUGGGCAGGGACCAGGAUGAAAAGGACGAGAAGAGAUACGACGAAGUCAUCAUCCUCAGCGACACAGGCUGUGGAACAGAAGUGCCCUACCCGACUUCCCACCAUGCUUGCGCGGUUGAGCAUGCGGGUUCCAGCAUGCUCUCGUCUCGCCCUGAACCAGCUGUGUGGAAUCUCGGAACUUUUCUCGAGUAUACCCUGAAUCCAGCAGGACGAAUACCGUACCUGGUCAUGACGACGCAUUGCCAUUACGAUCAUAUCAUGGGACUCUGGAAACUACCUCCUACAACUACCACAAGGCUCCAGGUGCAAGACAGAGUAUCGAUAUCGCCUAGACUCCGACCGGAUGGAGCAUCGAUAUCGCCUCCGGUCGGACGAGCAGAUGGUAGAGACGACGUCCAGAUGUCGAACAUGCCUGCAACGACGGUUCUGAGUUCCUCGCACGGCAAAUCGUUCGUCAUACCUUACGCCAACCUCCAGAGACACAGUCUCUGUGAGAACAAUGGUCUCCAAGCACCCAAUUACACGGUGAGUGUCUGGGCAGAUGACAUGCAGCGUGUCGUCUACAGCACUCCUGCAUCUCUCAGAUCGAUCCCGACACCCUUGACAAUUCUCCAUAUGCCAGGACACACGCCGGACUCGCUGGCCUGGUAUGACGCAGACACGCACAUGCUCUGUGUUGGGGACAGCUUCUAUCUCAAGGAGACGCCAACGACGCGCGCGGCACCGUGGGGCCCUGAGCCGGCUAUGCCGACAAUAUUCACUCUCGAGAGUGAUCUCGCGGAUUGGUGGACAAGUGCGAGGAAAGUUCUGGCUUUUGUGAGAGAGAAGAAUGCCGAGCUCAAGUGGCAGAGGUGGGAUGGUGCUCGUCGAGGCGGGGAAGAUGAUUGUUUCGUCUUCGUCGAGUAUGCCGGUGUCAGCGACGGCGAUCGGGACCCAAGAUUCCGGGACGCCAUCGAACCAGGGUUGGAAAGUGGCUCUCCGGUACCCGAGUUCGCGCAUGAACACCAAGAGGGGAAUCAUGACGACGACUGGGUUCUCGUCGACAUCGCUCAUCGUUCUUCUUCUCCGUCUGCUCCUGAACGCGUCAGUCUCUGCGCAGCACAUACAACUGUCUCUGUCGAUGCCGAGGCUGCAACGCUCACGGUCCUGUCUUUUAUGGCUCGAAUCUUGCGCGACGAAGUGCCUUGCCGGCGUGUCGCUGAUGGUUCGGGAGGCGAGGAGCGUUGGCUUUGGGAUUAUGCGCUCAAUAGGGACUCCGCUGUCUCUGUCCCUUUCCAGAAUGAGGACGACAAGAGUAGGUAUUGGCAUCACGGUGAGAACGACAGAAAGGAUCAAAAUGGAAGAAAAGACAAGACUCAAUAUCAGGGACACCAUGAGAUCAGCGAAUGUAAGGAUUCUUGGGCCGUCAAGGCCAGCAAGAGUCUCAAUCUUGAUCAACGGUGGAAUUCGCGAGGGUUUCCCAUACAAGAUGUACAGAGUCAACGUCAAGGCCAGGGCCAUCCUUCCGGAAACAAUGGAUACGUUGAUGGAAGUGGAUAUGAGCGCCACUUGAGGUACGAGUACAGUGUCCUCGCGCCUCUUUGUGUCGUUGAGGAAGGGAGGAGAACGAUUCCUAGGUCUGAGUGGGAUGUGUUCUGCGAACGAGCAGUAUAG